AACAUGAAAGUAGCAGUGGUGGGAGCAGGGAUAAGUGGGCUGGUUUGUGCAUAUGAAUUGGCAAAAGCUGGUGUCAAAGUUGUGCUUUACGAGAAGGAACAUUAUCUUGGUGGACAUGCUAAGACUGUCACCGUUGAUGGAAUCGAUCUUGACCUUGGUUUUAUGGUCUUCAAUCGAGUAACUUAUCCAAACAUGAUGGAAUUUUUUGAGAGCCUUGGAUUUGAUAUGGAGGUCUCUGAUAUGUCAUUCUCAGUGAGCUUAGACCAAGGCCGUGGUUACGAAUGGGGUACCCGAAAUGGAUUCUCUAGUUUGUUUGCACAGAGGAAGAAUUUGUUGAAUCCAUAUUUUUGUCAAAUGAUUAGAGAAAUUAUCAGAUUCAAGCAGGAUGUCAAAAGUUACCUUGAAGCACUUGACAAUAAUCCUGACAUUGAUCGCAAUGAAACAUUAGGACAAUUUAUUAAGUCACAUGGCUAUUCGGAGCUAUUUCAGAAGACUUAUCUGAUUCCAAUAUGCGCUUCAAUCUGGACCUGUCCCUUAGCAGGAGUAUUGGGCUUUCCUGCUUAUUACAUUCUUUCAUUCUGCCACGACCACCAUCUUCUGCAGCUCUUUGGUCUCUCUCAAUUGCUCAAUGUAAAAUGGCCAUCGCAUAUAAACAAGGUCAAGGAGGAGCUGGAGCCGAGAGGCUGCCAAAUAAGAACUGGUUGUGAAGUAAAUUUUGUAUCGACAAAUGAAGAAGGUUGUACCAUAGCUUGCAACAAUGGUGCCAAAGAAGUAUUUGAUGGAUGCAUAAUGGCUACUCAUGCUCCAGAUACACUGAAGAUGUUAGGAAAAGAGGCAACCUACGAUGAAACAAGAAUACUGGGUGCUUUCCAUUAUGUCCAUAGUGAUAUUUUCCUUCAUUGCGACAAGACAUUCCUGCCUCGCAACCCAGAAACAUGGAGUGCUUGUAACUUUCUUCGAAUCACAAAUGAUAGAGGAUGUGCGACAUAUUGGCUCAAUAUAAUCCAGAAUCUUGGCGACUCAAAGCUGCCUUAUCUCGUAACCCUUGAUCCUCCUCACACACCAGAGCAUACGUUGCUUAAGUGGACAACAAGUCACCCAGCCCCCUCAGUUGCUGCAUCAAAAGCUUCAUGUGAGCUACAUCAAAUCCAAGGGAAGAGAGGAAUAUGGUUUUGUGGGGCAUAUCAAGGCUAUGGCUUCCAUGAGGAUGGACUAAAGGCGGGUGUGACUGCUGCAGAUGGCAUGCUUAGAAGGAAUUGUCGUAUUCUGGACAACCCUAAGCACAUGGUACCAACCUGGCCUGAAACUGGAGCACGCCUCCUCGUUACUAGAUUUCUCAAAAGUUUCAUUCAAACAGGAUGCAUAAUCUUGUUAGAAGAAGGAGGCACAAUUUACACCUUCCAAGGAACAGAGAGGAAAUGCUGUCUCAAAGUUUCUCUUAGAGUUCAUAGUACACAGUUUUACUGGAAAGUUGCAACUCGAGCUGACCUAGGCAUUGCUGAUGCUUUUAUUCAUGGGGAUAUCUCUUUAGUUGAUAAGAAUGAAGGUCUUCUUAAUCUUUUCAUGAUAUAUGUUGCCAAUAGAGAUUUGAAAGCAUCUGUUAAAAGGUCCGGCAGUAAACGAGGCUGGUGGACACCAUUGCUAGAACCAAUGUAUUUCGUUGGAUAUGUUUCAAAUCAAAACACCCUGACUCAGGCUCGUCGCAAUAUCUCUCGUCAUUAUGACCUGAGUAAUGAACUCUUCUCACUAUUUCUGGAUGAGACAUUGACAUACUCAUGUGCAAUUUUCAAGAGUGAGGACGAAGACCUAAAAGAUGCACAGCUGAGGAAGAUUUAUGUUCUCAUUAGAAAGGCAAAAAUUAGCAAGAAACAUCACAUUUUAGAGAUUGGAUGUGGUUGGGGAAGUUUUGCUGUGGAAGUUGUUAAGCAAACAGGAUGCAAAUAUACUGGUAUAACUCUCUCCGAGCAGCAACUGCAGUAUGCACAGUUGAGAGUUGAGCAAGAAGGCCUUCAGGAUCGAAUUACCUUUCUCCUAUGUGACUAUCGUCAAAUGCCAAAUAAGGACAAAUAUGACAGGAUUAUAUCAGUUGGGAUGAUAGAACAUGUCGGUCAUGAUUACAUAGAGGAAUUCUUUACUUGUUGUGAAUCUGCAUUGGCAGAAGAUGGGCUUCUAGUUUUGCAGUUCUUUUCAAUACCAGACGAGAGGUAUGAUAGUCACAGGAAGAGCACAGACUUCAUGAGAGAGUAUAUAUUCCCAGGUGGAUGCUUGCCUGCACUAAGUCGAAUAAUAUCAGGCAUGGCUGCUGCAUCCAGAUUAUGUGUAGUGCACCUGGAAGAGAUAGGAAUUCAUUACCAUCAGACGCUGAGAUGUUGGCGAAAAAACUUCCUGAAAAACAAAAGCCAAAUUCGUGCUUUGGGAUUCGAUGACAAGUUCAUCAGGACAUGGGAGUACUACUUUGACUAUUGUGCUGCUGGAUUCAAAACGCGCACAUUUGGAGAUUAUCAGAUUGUAUUUUCAAGGCCGGGCAAUGUUGCAACAUUUGCUGAUCCUUACAAUGGUGUGCCUUCAGCUUAAGUUCCUUUGUUUGAAUUUUGGAAUGUUAUACUGGAACUUUGUUUUGCCCAGACCACACUUGUGGGAUUACACUGGGCAUGUUGUUGUUGUUAUUACUUUUGCCAAUAAAUUAGUUCCUCAAAAAGCAUGAAAAACCUAAUCAAGACAUAUGUGUCAAGGGUCAUGCUUAAUUCUGUGAUUCUCUUGUAUUGUAUUGUAUGAACUUUUUUCAAGUUAUUUAAGGAAUUUACUAUUGUUGAGAAAGGAA